AUGGUCCCGCACCACGACAAGGACGUCGGUACUGCAGCAGACAUACGUGUGGCGGUGACACACGCAGGGCAGAAGAUGCUGCUCGUGUUUCCCGCCGCGACGGCGACAGUGGGCGACUUGAAGGAUGAACUUGUGCGGCGCAGCGGGGUGCCAAGUGAGAAGCAGCGACUGAUGUUCGGUGGGCCCGUGCUUAAGCGACACCGGCGUGAGGGGCGCAACGAGGUGCGGCUGCUGGAUCUGGUUGCCGCCGAGCCGCAGGGCGGCGGUGGGGUGGCGGCCGCCGUCACGAUUCCGGUCAUGCUGGUGGGCUCCGCCGUCGUCGUCCCGCACAUAAACGAGGAGGCGAUGGCGCAGCUGCACCGGCUCGUCUCCACCACGGUGGAGCUUGACAGCCGUUGGUACCGCUGCAGCUACAGCCGGGGGUACGCGCGGCAGGUCGCCUUUGUCUGCCGCACGUGCGUGAGGAGCGGGCGGGCGGACCCGGCGCACGCCAUUUGUUACGCCUGCGCGGAUGUCUGUCACGCCUCGCACGACGUGGAGGAGUGGGGGGUGCGGUACUACAUGCGCUGCGACUGCUGCACCGCCGCUUGCUGGCACCAGGUCGACAAGGAGCAUAGAGUGCAGGGGAACCAAAGCAGCGGGGAGGCACCGCAGCCGCAAGGCGGAGGCGGAGAGGAUGAAGAGCCCCAGCAGUGUUGCUUCCUCAUCGACUCCGCGACGGGGCUGCCCCCGGCCGCAUCUGUGGUUCCCUACAACAGCAAGAAUCGUUACCCGCGCACGCUGAACUCGUGGUGCUACUGUGAAUGCGAGGAAAAUUUCCCCGCCGACGACGCCGACGGCGGUGGCGUCGUCUGCAUGUUGUGCACAAGCUGCUAUUGGAGUUCGCACAUGACCCGCCUCUACUCUGGCGCCUUCCGUCGCAUCCCGUGCUACGGCGACGUGCUCGAAGGUGUCACCGUUGCCUUCCGCUGUCGCACGUGUGACACGCUUGUCUGCACCCCCUGCCGACUGCGCUGCCACAAGGACCACGACGUGGACCCCGAGUACAUUAUCCCCUCUCGCAAGGACGGCACAGGGAAUGGGGCCCCGGAGGGUGUCGAGUUUAGCUGCGGCUGUCGCGGCUGCUGCUCCAUCGCGGAGGCGGUCCCCGAGGCGGAGGUGGAUGACCCUGCCCUGUACAUGCCUAUGCCGCCGGACGUCGCGGCGGAAAUAAUGAACAGUGACCCAUUUAUGGGCUUUAUUUGCGCGCGGUGCAUGCAGGAGUGCCCGUGGCUGGUGGAAAAAGACCCGCUUCACUGCUACGGGGGAGUUUUGCCAGAACGCGUCCCGGCAGAGCAGCACAAACGCAUUGCGCCCUGUAGGCUGGCGGCCGAUGCGCCCUGCCCAGGCGACGUCUACCCGUUCCACGGCAUGCUCCUCCCGGUGGACGCGUUCACGGCGGACAUGACGUGCAGGUGCGCGCCGUGUCGAGAGGCGUAUGAGCGAUUCGCGCCGCGCGCCGCCACCGCCAGCGUCAACGAGAUGAUGUUGCCGUUGCACGACGCCUGUGACCACUGCGGCCACCCAAUCCGGGACGAGCAGGCCUUCAUGUGUCAGACGUGUGAACUGCAGCAUGACCGCACUUUUUUUGUGUGCCAGCGCUGCAAUGCCCUCCGCAUAGCGAAGGGACUGCCUUCCCUCGGUGAGGCUGGUGGUGGUGGCGUCGGCGGCUGUGGCGCUGAGAACCACAACAGCCCGACCUGCGCGCAGGAGACUGCGGGCGUAAACCCCUCCGUCGUCUACGGUGGUGGCGGGGAUGGUGAUAACAGUAAUAAUAACAAUACUGCGGCUGAGGAGGCCGCCGCGCCGUGGGACCACCCGCUCUCCCACGUGUUUAUGGAGGACACGUAUGAGAAUCUGUUUAGUCUGUGCGGCAUGCAACUAAUGCACAACCUGGACGCGGCCUCGCAGACGUACGUGCUAGACAACAUGGACGCCACCAGUGCCACCUUUGAGGGGGCGGUGCAGCGCACCUUUGGGCAAACGCCGCUGGUGUUUGACCCCGACGAGGUCGCCAGGCACCAUCAGCGGCUUCUGCGUCAGAGGGAGGCGGAGACGGCGGCAACGGGGCAGAACGGUGCGACCAACGCCGCUGCGGUGCCUGGGCAGAAGCGAUCACGCGGCAACGACGAGGAUGGUGGGGAGAAAAACCGAGAUGGCGAUGCUGAAAGGCGCAGCAGUGAGGCGAGACGUGAGAAGGACGGGCGGGAGUAA